AUGGCUGUAAACGGACUGAACGGCGUCAAUGGCGUCAAUGGCAUUCACACCAAGUCGGACUUCUCUGCCUUCAAAGUUAAUCAAUCACGAUUGAUGGAGCAUAUCCACGAUGGAUGCCAAUUUGGUGCUGCCCAUCGCUAUGGCGAUGACCCCACAGAGACAGGGAUGGAUCGUUUGUCACUGAAUGACUCCGAUAAGCAAGUUCGCGAUUGGUUCACCAAGAAGGCGACGGCAAUUGGCUGCAAGGUCACGGUGGACGAGAUGGGCAACAUGUUUGCCGUUCGGGAGGGUAAAAACAAGGACGCCCCACCGGUGAUGAUGGGUAGUCAUCUUGACACACAACCAACUGGAGGCCGAUAUGACGGCAUUCUAGGGGUGAACGCCGGCUUGGAGGUGCUAAGGGUACUCGCUGACAACAACUACGAGACCGAGGGCAAUGUAGGAGUGGUGAAUUGGACCAAUGAAGAGGGCGCCCGGUUCCCUAUUUUUGCCGUCGCCUCUGGUGUAUGGGCAGAUGUUCUUCCACUAGAGACGGCGUGGAACCUGGCAGAAGUGUCAGCAGGCGAGGACGGUAGGAAGAGGACCAUGAAGGAAGAGCUGACCAGAAUUGGCUAUCUCGGGGAGCAAAAGGCGAGCUACAGAAGCAACCCCAUUGCGGCGCAUUUUGAGCUGCACAUCGAACAAGGGCCCAUUUUGGAAGCCGAAAAACGGCGAGUUGGAGUUGUCACGGGAGGCCAGGCGUUCAAAUGGUGGGACAUGACCAUCAGAGGUCGUGACACACACGCUGGCACCACGCCUUUCUUUGCUCGCAAGGAUGCGAUGCUUUGUGCAGCCAAGCUGAUCGUUGAAUCCAACAGGGUCGCAAAGAAGCACGGCGGCCUUGCCACAACAGGCAUCCUGACUCAGGAACCAGGUUCGAUCAAUACCAUGGCACAUACGGUCAAGUUCACUCUUGAUAUUCGGCACAAUGAGGACGAGGUGUUGAAGAAGAUCGAGGCAGAGUGCCAGGACGCGUUUGCCAAGAUUGCAAAGGAGGACAGCGAGGCUGGGUGUAGCAUUGAAUGGAAGGAGCUGGUCGACAGUCCUGCCGUGCACUUCCAUGCCGAUUGCAUAGCGGCUGUUGAGGCCAGUGCGGAUGCGGUGUGCGCGGACCUGCCCAAGACCGCCGAAGACGGCAAGCUGUGGAAGCACAUGAUCAGCGGUGCAGGCCACGAUAGCUGCUAUACUAACCGUCGAUGUCCCACGAGCAUGGUAUUCGCCGUGACGAAAGAAGGUGUUAGCCACAACCCGGAGGAAUACUGCAGUCCGGAAGACUGUGCCGUUGGAACACAGGUACUGUUGGGAGCGGUGUUGAGAUACGACAAGCAGAGGAAGUUCUGA